ACCAUAGAUAUGAUCUGUGCUCUACCAAGAGUUAAGAUUGAUUAGUAUAUGUUUCAUGUUGUUGAUAUAUACGAUUAUUAACAAUUAAGUAAUAAUGUCUGCAACGAAUAACAAAGACGAUCCGUAUGCACACGUUGCGAAGGGUACCCUCAAAUUGAAGAACGAGCAGAUAAUAAGCAAAAAAAAAAAGGAUAAGAAGGGAAAAAAGAAGAAGCUAGUAGAAGUAUCAAAGGUCAUUGAGGAGGAAAAACCUCAAAAGGUAGAAGUGAAACGGACAAAAGCAGAGCUGGCUUUUCAAAAAAUGCAAGAGAAAAUGCAAACUGAAAGGAUUAAGCAGAAAGCCUCCAAGACACAUAAACAACGAGUGGAGGAAUUUAAUCGACACCUGGAUAGCUUAACUGAACACUUUGAUAUACCUAAAGUGAGCUGGACAAAAUAA